GCCAUGUUUGCCAGCUACGUCCCUGAAAUCAUAGAGUUAAUAGGAAACCGCAAGAAAUAUGGUGGUUCCUAUAGUGCGGUUAAUGGGAGAAAGUAAGUAUUUUCCGGAAGGUUCUGCUGUCUUUCCUUGUACGCGGUAGAACCCUCUCUGCAUGCCCUUUUCUUUUUUCUGUUUCAUGCAUGUAGGCCAUGUUUGCUCGCUACGUGCCAGAAAUUGCUGCUCUCAUCCUUAAUCGGAAGAAAUACGGAGGGAGUUAUAACUCAACACGAGGCAGAAAGUAAGUCCAAAUCCAGACAAGGUGUGGUUGUGUGACUCAAGUGCGCCCCCCCUCAGGUUAAGAGUGGUAUGGGGGUUGAUUCACCAAGUUACUAUUACUUUAGUCACACUGCGUGACUGGAGACCUUGGCCAUAAGGACACACAUGUCCAUGUCCCUUUACUCUCUCUAUUUCUCUCUCUAUGUCUCUCUCUAGUUCUCUCUCUCUCCCUGUCUUUCUUCUCUCGCUCGCUCUCUCGCUCUCUCUCUCGCUUGCUCUCUCGCUCUCUCUCUCGCUUGCUUUCUCUCUCUCGCUCUCUCUCUUGCUGUCUCUCUUGCUGUCUCUCUUGCUGUCUCUCUUGCUGUCUCUCUCGCUCUCUUGCUGUCUCUCUUUCUCUCUCUCUUUCUCACUCUGUCCCUCACUCAGUGAUUACCUGAAGUCCAUCGUUGUGCUUUUGUUUUUUAUUUUUUACUUUGAUACAUCCUAUGUGCUGCAUUUUAAUUUCAUUUGAAAACUAGAGCUUUCAUGACUACAUUAUAGACAUAUGCUAUUAAUAUGUGAUGAUUUAUUUCUCAUUUUGUAUGUACGGUACUGUUAUGUGUUGUCCUACUUAUUUAUUCCGAAACCAUCCAAUGACAUUCCUCCUUCAAUUGUGCUCUCACUAUAAGGACGAAUCAGGGUCAUGAUGAUACAUAAUUGUAAAAUGAAUAGUCAUGAAACCCCUACUAUCAGCUCUAAAAAGAAAAUAGAAAAAUACAAUAAUCCUCAACUGCAUUAUUAUUGGUGGUCUUUUAGUAGCAUCAUCAAUCUCAAUGACCUUGCAGGAUAUGAUUUCAUUUCUUGUUUUCAUUUUGCUUGAGUUAACUUCGCAUAAGACAUGCUAUUUUUAUUUAUUUUUUCAUUUAUCUGCAUGUUCUCUGUGACCUGAGCUCUGCUCUGUUGGGUUUUUCACGCUUCAUGGUUCCCAUGACAAACCUGACAAAAAGCUCAGCUUCCUGUCUUGUCACUGCCAGCCCCAUCGUAUCAUCACUGUGUGACAUGACUCUUAUUAACCGCUCACUCGCAUCAUCUCUGCUCGACAUGACUCUGGCCCUGAUCUUCAGUCAGCUCCCACACCCUGAAUGCUGGAUGCCUCGCUGUCAUUGGAGGCGCUCGAUUGCUCUUGGCUUGCUUUGCCCGCUUGGUUCUUUGGUGUUCCGUCGUUUGGUUUGUGUGGCCGUAGUUGUGUGGGCCAGAGGUUGUGGUGUUGUGUGCGGAUGUGUGUGUGUGUGUGUGGACGUUCAGAACACAGAUUGUUGUGUUGUGUGUGUAUGUACAGUGUGUGUGGCUGAAUCCCUGGUUUUGUGGCUCAAACUUUACUGGCUCAACAGCACAGCACACAGACUAACACAGACUCUUAGUUAGACCCAGACUAACCCCACUGCUCCUAAUAGUUUAACUCAGCAGAAUAAAGAGACUUCCUGCAUCUCUCCCUCUCGCGCUCUCUCACUCUCUCUCACUCUCUCUCUCUCUCUCUCUCUCUCACUCACCGUCUUUAUAUGUUCUACCUUACUAUUUUACUUCUGUCUCUUUGGUCUUUCUUUCUCUCCCCGUCCGUCUUUCCUCCUCCCUCAUCGCGCGCUUCAUACCCCCCCCCAGACCUAUCCCCCGUUUCCCCUCCCUCUCCCCGGGCCCUUCACAAACCCCCUUAGCGCGCGCUCGCACCACCCUUGAGAGCCCAACCCCCGCGCGCGCGCGCGCGCAGCCCACCCAAACCCACCGCGCGCGAACACCCAGGAACCCAGCGCGAAAAACCGACCGACGCAAGACCCAGCCGCCAACCAGAACCCCCAGCCGCGCGAAACAAUCGACGAAAAACCGGCCGACCCGAACCCAACCCCCCCCCGCGCGGCCGAAACCCCCGCCGGCCGCACCCCGCACCCGCGCCACCCCACCGGCCCACCCCCCGGCCCCGCCCCGCGCGCCAAACGGCCCGGCGCACGCGAGCGCAAACCCCCCAAGACCCGAUCCAAAACCGGCCCGCCCCAACCCCCGCCCUCGCCCAAACCCCCCCGCCGACGCCAACGAACCCCGGGCCCCCCCCCAACCCCCCACCCGGGGGCUCCUCCCCCCCCGGGAACCCAACCCGCGGCGCGCGCCGCGCAACCCCCGCCCGCGCAACCCUCAACCCCCGCCGCGGGCACCCCGGCCCGCCGCGCGCGGCAACCCCCGCCCGCGCCGACAACCCCCCCCCCCCACAACCGCGUAACACAAAACCAAACCCCCUCUCGCCACCGCGCGCGCGCGCGCACUCAACUCUGACAACCUCUCCUCAAACCUACCCCAAGCUCUCCGCGCGCAACCCCCUCCAAUCGCGCGCCGCAAACACCGGCCUCUCUCUCGCUCAAACCCCCUUCCAUCUCUCUCUCUCAACACCCCUCCCCUCUCUCUCUCUCUCUCUCUCUCUCUCAACCCCCUUCCCCUCUCUCUCUCUCUCUCUCUCAACCCCUUUCAUCUCUCUCAACCCCCUUCCCCGUCAGUGAGACAAGAUUAAUGAGAUGUUAUGUUUGGCUUGCGCCCUGCGUCUCCAUUCACUGACAGGGUGUUGAGAGAAGGGUUUGUCAAAACUGCCGACUCCCCCUCUCGCCACCUUUCCCUCUCCCUCACUCCCCCUUUCACACACUCUCCCACUUUCCCUCUUUACCUCUCCAUCGCUGUCUUUCUCCCCCUCCUCCUUUCUCCUUUUCUCUUUCCUUUUCUUUUUUCUAUACUUCAUACAUACAUGUGUUAGUAAUCGGGCCCCCAGUUCAGCCAGUCUAGCACAGAGGCUCAGACUGGCAACAGGAUCUGUGCAUUAUUAUGUUAUAUACUCUAUGUAUGGGUUCAUACUUUAUAUGUACAGAUCAAGACACAUAUACAAACACAUUUGUCAUAAUGGUUUAUUGUUUCCUUGUGGAGAGUACACUUUUUGGGCAAGGAAAAAGCUAAACAAGUUAAGUUCACGAAACUGAGGAUUAGGAAUAUAUCCAACUUCCAGUUAAUAUUACACAUCAUUAAGUGGUUUAUCUUAAUGGCACGUGCGCGCGCACACACACAUACACACACACACACACACACACACACACACACACACACACACACACACACACACACCAGUCAGCGUAGUGACAGAUCUCACAUCGCCUACACUGAUGUCAUCAAGACGAGCGUUCUGUUGGCUCUCGACUCACUGCACUCACGGCCCUGUGGUUCUUAUUAGGGCUCUGUGGUUUCCAUUAGCCCCCACUGAAACAGAGGGAAUGGCAUGGAAACUGGCCUAAACCCUGGCUGAACCCUGCAGUACUCUGAAUGUGUUAGUUCUCUGUGUGCCUGUGAUGGCUUGCAGCCUGAGGUGUGGAGACCUGGAGACUCUCAUCCCAGUCACACAUAUUAUAUAAUAUGUACAGUACGCAUUAGGGAAUUUAAUACACAUGUAUUAACAUAAAUAAAUAUCAUAAUUGAUGUGAUACUGAACAUGAAUAACCUACAUGAGUAAUUUUACAGUAUGAAUAAGAUCUCCAGUAUUCAGGUUAGAUAGCGUCCAAAUAUAUCUUCCUCAUUUCUGUGGCAAAAUGUAUUUUUUAUGCUACACCGUGUUUCAUUAGUUACAGAGAUAUAGGUCACUGUUGAAUGAAAAACACAAGAAAUCUGGUGUUUUGUUGCCUUUCCUUCUGCAUCCUAUAGUGUCAGCCUAAGGAUCAGAGCGAUAUCAAUGGUGUGGCCUCUGUUGCUGGUGUUUGAGCUGUCUGUUUGCUGUGGUGAAGUAUUUAAUGUGUUCCUGAUUAUAUGAUUUGUUAGGUUGAUAUCCUGCAUGGUCUGUAAUACAUGUUCUCAGAAUUCCCUCGUGCAUUUAAUGUGAUGCUGUGCAACUCUAUUGUGGCACUUGGUAUUUGUGUGUAAUAUUUUGUCAUAUGUUCUGUGCCACUGUGAUUGUACACACAACUUGAGUUUUUUUAGUUUGAUAUUUCAUUGAGAAGUCCAGGGUCGAAUAAGCUUAAAGGAAGUUAUAUUUUUUGCAAACCAAUGAAUAGAUGUUGAAUCAUGUAUCCUUACUACUCCUUAUAUGUAGCCAAAUACCUUCCUUGGCUUGGAUACUGUGCUGUUGUCUAUAAUGCUAGCCCUAGCGCACCAAUAGGCAAAAUGAUCAGUAGUCUGUCCAUCCUGCAAUGAAGUCAACUGAAGCGUAUAUACUCCCAACAAUUGUUCCGCUUUAAAAAUCUGUCAAGCUCCACUGAUAACUAAUCUAUACAUGGAGACGAGAUGUCUGAGAUGAACUGUGUGUGUGCGUGCGUGUGUGUGAGUGCAUCCGUGCCUGUCUUAACACGGAGCCACAAUAAAGCCAGUUACUACACUGCACAAAUCCCAUAUACUCAGCCUCUGAAGAUGACUUCUGGACAUGGAGUAGGAAAACAUGACUGAUGUUUUUGUCUCCCUGAAUGGGACACAUCAUCUUCUGCCAACAGCUGCUGGCUUCUCACUGAGACCUCUGCUCAUAAUCUGAUCUCAUCAGAGAGCUCACAGCCUCAUGCCAUCACUGGAUAGCUAGUCCAGAGCCCAGAUCUGUGAAGAUCAUUAUGUUCAAUGGCUACCAGGCCUGUGUUGUCACCAUGUCUACCAGGUGUCCACCAGAUCAUGUCUGCUUCAGCCUGCCUCAGUCUGCUUCAGUCCACUUAAGUAUGCAUCAGUCUGCUUUAGACCUCUUCAAUGUGUUUCAAUGCCACUUUGGACACACUGAUCUGGACUGGAACAGUCAAGUCUUUCAUAUACAACAGGAGUUAAUGUAUCAUCCAAUGGUCUCAUCAUCUCCCAGUAUGAGAACAUGGGUUUGGAUCAGUGUUUGUUUCUGUUAAAACAGAUUGAGCUUGAUGAGUUAAGUCUUGUAUAGUGAUCAGGCCAGACCACAGUUCUUCAGUGAGUCAGUAACCCAAUGCACAGACAGUCUAACUCUACCAAGCGCAUACAGGGCAGAGCUGCAGAAGCAAAUUGUCAUCUGGCACAUCUCUCAAAUAGAGCCAUUGUCAUUACAUAGAUUGUCUUACAGGUCUUUUUAGGACAAUUCGGGUAGCUCGCCUGUCUCUGUGCCCAAUGUAAUCCCCUUGAUGACGAGCAUGUUUGGGUUUCUCUUUAUUUGAGGUUUGACGUCGAACAUUGGCUCGACAAUGUUGAGUUAGUUUGGCCUACCGCAAUACAAAUGAGACCGUUGGUAAAGCUGAAUGGUUAAAACUGUCUUUAAUCCUAGUUUGAUUAUGUAGUGUAUCAACAUAAUACUUUAGCAAUGGAGGCAUUGGGAAACCCACCCGAGCCGCUUGCGGAAAUCUUUGCUUUGUGCUGGAGAACAGAACAAAAAAAUACGUAUUUUGAGUCACCUGAACAAGCUUGAUAUGUUACAGAGACUAGGAGCUGCAUCUGUGUUCAAAACUGACUCAAAUCUACUCCAGUAUGAGUGAAGCUCCUAUGUGAGUAUUACUGUGAAACCCUCUAUCUGAGAGCCUCUGUCUCUGGAGUGGAUCAUCACACUGGAGCCCAGAGUGGAACCAUGGGACAAACAAGGUCACCACCCCAGUCAUGACCCCAGCCCCAGUCCGAUCUAUCCCCUAUCUGUCUAAAUCCAUCUUUCUCCUGAAGUCAGCAGUGCUCUCUGUCUGACAUAGAACUCAACUAUCCUGCCAUCCACACGUCAACCAGCCUCAUGUUCUGUUUAGAGUUCUUGUCAGCCGCAGACCAAGAAAUCACUUUACAAGGCUUUUAGUAAUGCCUUGUAUGAAAGCGUGCGCCUAUUGCUGUACAUGUCUCUGUCAACAUGUAUUCGGCUCUCAGAGGGUGGUUUGGCGUAAGGGAACGGUUUCCUUAUUGAGAACGGAUGACAAUCAAAACCAGGAAGUGUACUUUAGGAUUAUAUUUUAGGUCUCCUUAAAGUGGUUCAAAGUUCAGGGUUUGGUUGCACACGUCAUGUCGGAUUUUUUCAUACAAGGAGGGGGAAACUACGCUUUUCACUCUUAUGGGGAUUUGUUUUCUUUUACUGAAAAACAACAACACUAAAAGUCAUGUCUAGUUUUCAAAAUACAUUUUUCUGACAUAAAUAGUUUUUAUUGGGAAUUAGAGUUGUGAGAGUGCUUUGGUAUGACGUGAGUGUUCUUUUCGAGGCAUUCGUGUUGGUUGUGAUUUAUGUUGCCUUGCUCAAGUUGAUUUCUCCCCCCCCUUCUCCAGGCACAUUGUGGUCUGUGGUCAUAUAACGCUCGAAAGUGUCUCCAACUUCCUCAAAGACUUCCUACACAAGGACAGGGAUGAUGUCAAUGUAGAAAUAGUUUUUCUCCAUAAGUAAGUACAUGUUUCGCUCCCUAGCUUUAAACCAUUACACAGCAUAGUUAAACAUGAAAUAAUAUAAACAAAAAGCAUAGGAAAUUGUCAUUUUCUCUGUUCUUUCUCUCAUAAUCUCCCCCCCCCCUUUUUUUAUGUGGGGUCUAAUGUAUUUCUGUAGUAUGCAUAAAAUACUUACACUAUUUAUACAAAAGUAUGUGGACACCCCUUCAAAUUAGUAGAUUCGGCUAUUUCAGCCAUACCCGUUGCUGACAGGUGUAUAAAAUCGAGCACACAGCCAUGCAAUCUCCAUAGACAAGCAUUGGCAGUAGAAUGGCCUGUACUGAAGAGCUCAGUGACUUUCAACGUGGCACCGUCAUAGGAUGCCACCUUUCCAACAAGUCAGUUUGUCAAAUUUCUGCCCUGCUAGAGCUGCCCCGGUCAACUGUAAGUGCUGUUAUUGUGAAGUGGAAACGUCUAGGAACAACAACGGUUCAGCUGCGAAGUGGUAGGCCACACAAGCUCACAGAACGGGACUGCUGAAGCGCGUAGCGCGGAACAAUCGUCUGUCCUCGGUUGCAACACUCACUACCGAGUUCCAAACUGCCUCUUGAAGCAAAGUCAGCACAAUAACUGUUCGUCGGGAGCUUCAUGAAAUGGGUUUCCAUGUCCAAGCAGCCAAGAUCACCAUGUGCAAUGCCAAGCGUCGGUUGGAGUGGUGUAAAGCUCGCCGCAAGUGGAAACUCGUUCUCUGGAGUGAUGAAUCACUCUUCACCAUCUGGCAGUCCGAUGGACGAAUCUGGGUUUGGCGGCUGCCAGGAGAACGCUACCUGCACGAAUGCAUAGUGCCAACUGUAAAGUUUGGUGGAGGAGGAAUAAUUGUCUGGGGCUGUUUUUCAUGGUUCGGGCUAGGCCGUUUGUUCCAGUGAAGGGAAAUCUUAAUGCUACAGCAUACAAUGACAUUCUAGACGAUUCUGUGCUUCCAACUUUGUGGCAACAGUUUGGGGAAGGCCCUUUCCUGUUUGCAUGACAAUGCCCCCGUGCACAAAGCGAGGUCAAUACAGAAAUGGUUUGUCGAGAUUGGUGUGGAAGAACUUGACUGGCCUACACAGAGCCCUGACCUCAACCCCAUUGAACACCUUUGGGAUGAAUUGGAACGCAGACUGCGAGCCAGGCCUAAUCGCCCAACAUCAGUGCCUGACCUCACUAAUGCUCUUGUGGCUGAACGGAAGCAAGUCCCCGCACCAAUGUUCCAACAUCCAGUGGAAGGCCUUCCCAGAACAGUGGAGGCUGUUAUAGCAGCAAAGGGGGGACCAACUCCAUAUUAAUGCCCAUGAUUUUGGAAUGAGAUGUUCGACGAGCAGGUGUCCACAUACUUUUGAUCAUGUAGUGUAUGUCUUUUUUUAUGGGAUCCAACCCUUUGAUUGAGUACAGUACAGAGCACACUGCUUGUGAGUCACUUGGAAAGAGUUUCUGCUUCAUUAGUAAAACUUCAAAUCCCAACGUGUGUUUGUCCUUGCUCCCUCUCCCUCUCCCUCUCCCUCUCCCUCUCCCUCUCACUAUCACACUCUCUCUCACUCUCCCUCUCUCUCUCUCUCCCUCUCUGCUCCUUUAGUAUUUCCCCUAAUCUUGAGCUGGAAGCCUUGUUCAAACGCCACUUUACCCAAGUGGAGUUCUACCAGGGAUCUGUUCUCAACCCUCACGAUCUGGCCCGAGUGAAGGUACUGUACUAGCAAGUACUGCUGUUAUACAUCAUAUUACACCAUACUGUAGAUACAGGGUGAAAGGCUGUGCGUGAAAAAGACGAUAAGAAAAUACAAAAAAGGCUCCUUAUGCCACCUUGUAAGAGUGACAACGUUUCAAUCCAAGUUGGACCUUUGCUUUGACCUGACAAAGAUCAAUCUUGGGUUGAAACGUUGUAAUAUUUGAAGGUGAGAGGGUUUCUGCUGUGUAUUCUCUAACUGUAACUCUUCAUCGUUCCCUGAAUAGAUUGAGUCAGCAGACGCCUGUCUGAUCCUGGCUAAUAAAUACUGUCCAGAUCCCGAUGCUGAAGAUGCCUCCAACAUCAUGAGGUAAUGAUGAUGAUGGUGACGACGAUAAAUCAUCUGGGGAAAGGACUGUUUACAGUAUGUGUUCAAUUUUCUUUUUGAAUUUGUAGGGUCAUCUCUAUCAAGAACUAUUCCCCCAAGAUACGAAUUAUCACUCAAAUGUUACAGUACCAUAACAAGGUAGGGUCAGCACGUCACUCCUACGCUUCCUGCAAUAAUAAACAUAAUGAUAACUAUGGUUCAAACACAUCUUUGGAGAGGGGAGAGUGUGUAAUGUGUGUGUGUGUGUGUGUGUGUGUGUGUGUGUGUGUGUGUGUGUAGGCUCACCUGCUCAAUAUUCCUAGCUGGAACUGGAAGGAAGGUGAUGAUGCUAUCUGUCUAGCAGAGCUGAAGGCUGGCUUCAUAGCUCAGAGCUGUCUGGCCCAGGGCCUCUCCACCAUGCUGGCCAAUCUCUUCUCCAUGAGGUCUUUCAUCGAGGUAACGUUGAUACAACAUUAACACAACCUUUUCACAAUGAUCUCUUUCAUCAACCUAACCGUGAUACGAUAUCGGUAAGGUAACAUUAACACAAAUUAGUUGACGCAAUGUCAGUAUGGUAACAUUAACACAACCUUUUCACAAUGUCUGUCAUCGAGAUAACGUUGACACAAUGACAGUAAGGUAACAUUAAGGCCUAGAUUCAAUCUGGUCCGCAGAAGAUCCGUGUUAUAGCGUGAUUGACAUUCAAGGGUAAUUUCCGUUUGAGCCAACAUACAGUAUGCAGUGUUUACCGUGAAUGCGGUCUCCGCAAACGCGUAAACGUUGCCUUUAAAAGGUGUAUAGCCGAAAAGGGUUGGUCAGAUUUAAUCUAGACCUAACUCCACAUUUUCACAAUGAGGUCUGUCAUAGAGGUAAAGUUGACACAAUAACAGUAAGGUAACAUAAACACAACUCUUUCACAAUGAUCUCUUUCAUUUAGGUAACGUUUACAAAAUGUCAGUAAGGUAACAUCAACACAACCUAUUCACAAUGUUGUUUUACUUUGGUAUUUACUGUAGUAUUACAGGAUAGAUACUGUAAGUGAUUCCAUGGGAGGACUGAGCUCAGGUCUGCUGAGUGAGACGUCUCUGAGGGAGUGUUUUCAUUCAGAAUCAUAAUGGUCUUUCAGUCAAUCUGGUUUAUCAUAUGGAAUCUGUUGGAUCUUUGGCACUCAGCAUUGAAGAGGUGCUCCUCUAUUUGAAAGAGCUGGUCUUCUUGUCAUAAAGAUGAUGGAGGAGUUUAUAAUGAGUGGGCUGACAAGUGCUGGAUGGAGAAGAAACAUCUGCUGGCCAUAUUUCCUUUAUGAAAACAUAGACUAAGAGAUAUAGAAAAUAUGGACUAUCGACACUAAACCAUAACCGGUGAUAUAAGCUGUGAAUGAAAAGGCAUUGCCCUCGUUAAAGAGGGAUUUAAAACGUUGGGCUUUCAUCAUCUACUAUAUGACAGCUGAAAAGCUUUCAGGAAACUCAUCCCUUAUCGUCUAUGGCAGCUCAGUGGAUAUGAUGUAGCCUGCAUGAACAUCUGACAAAGAAGGGAGGAAUCACUUCACAUGAGAGGAAGAAAUGAAGACAUACAGUAUCAUUAUUACCAUUAUUUGUUGAGUUGUGAAGCGAUACAGCCCUAGUCAGUCAGAACUCAUGCUAGGCCAAGCCUAGUGAAACAACUUGGACACGAUAUACUGUCACCAAGUCAGCACGUCCUUGCUUCACUCAGUCUGUAAUUUUUCAACAAAAACAGUCAACUAAAACGCUAUAUUCAAACCAUACCAUCUCUGUUUUAAUAGCAGGAUGAAUACACAUGGAACACUAUACAUUAUUACAAUCGUUGGCAACAGAAAGUCGAUGUCAAAAUGAUUGACCGAAGAACAUGAAAUGAUUAUAAAACUAUAAUAAAUGCUAAUAUGAUCUAUUUUGAAUGGCACCAUUGUGCGGUUGAGAGAGGACAGGUGUAAUUAAAAUAGUUCUGUAAUAGAGGUGGCCUCUUCUGUCAGCAUGCCUCAGAGAGACCUCCAUAAACAUAUGAAUCUAAAGGCUAUAAUGCUAUAAACGGAAUGCUUAUAGUGCAUGGUGGGUUUUACUUGACGACAGAUUAUUGUGAGGCCUCUUAACGAGGUGAAGAGUGAUGUGUCCGACAGCUGUUCUCAGCACAACUCUUACUAGGUAAUUACAGAGAAUAUGUUCCAAAUGGCAGCCUAUUCCCUAUUUAGUGCAUUACUUUUGACCAGGACCCAUAGCGCUAUAUAGGGAAUAGGGUGCCAUUUGGUAAACACACAUGGAGAAAUAGGUCAGUUCUGACACAUUCAGCUGCAGAUGUCUGUAAUGAGCAUGUGUGUGAAUGGGAGAGGAGGGAUGUCUGGUCAGAUCUGGAUGAAGUUCAUCAGGCCUUGUUUUGUUACCAGGGCGAUAAUAGGCCGUCGUCAUUGCAAUUUGUCGUCACGGGUGAUUGAAACAGGAAGAGAACCAGAAAGUUAGUGAGAGGUGCUAACGAGAGACCAAAGAAUACACAUGCACACACACACAAUAGAAUGGAUGCAAUCUCCGCAGGACCCCCUCGAUUAGUGUUCCCCUAAAGAUGGCUGACCAAUUGCUUUCCCCCCAAACAGGCGAGGCAUGUGAGUGUGUUAGUUAUAGAGGAAGUGUGUUCUGAGUCCCAUAUUAAAUCCUGUAUAGCUGUCAGGAUGGGGUGGAGUUAUGAUGGAGAAGAGACAUGGAGACAGUUUCAUAAUAUGUCUGAGGAGCUGCAGUCUGCAGUUCAUCAAAGUGUCUUCUCCAUCACUGAGAGACUGCUAAUGAUGGGCUUAUAAAGGGCUUGUAAGGGGUUUAUAACGGCUUAUAACUGUGCUAAAGUUACUACUAUACACAUUUCCAUCUGUAUACAUAUUUAUAUAUGUAUUUAUAUGUGUCUUUACGUAUUUAUAUAUGUAUUUAUAUGUAUCUUUACGUAUUUAUAUAUGUAUUUAUAUGUAUCUUUACGUAUUUAUAUAUGUAUGUUGUGCUUGUUGCUUCUCAGAUUGAAGAGGAUACGUGGCAGAAGUACUAUUUAGAAGGGGUAGCUAAUGAGAUGUACACAGAGUAUCUGUCCAGUGCCUUUGUGGGGCUCUCCUUCCCAGCAGUCUGUGAGUAAGUAUGACACUCCACAGUGAUCUAGUCCUUGGGCCGGUAUGGAUAACUCUCUCUGCUCUGUUUUACUGCUACUGUAUAACUGCUGUUCGGUCCCUGGUACUGCUACAACUGCUGAAGAGUAGAUGGUAGAUAGAGGAGGUCAAUGACAUUAAUACUAAAUGAUUAUAAUAUAAAAGAAAAGGAACAUUUUAAUUUGAAACUAUUGGUCAUGUUGAAAUAGUAGCUACCGUACAUAAUGUAGAACCGUGAUGAGGCAUAGCAUUCCCUUACAAUUCUCUGUGUUUGUCUGUCUGUGUCAGGCUGUGCUACGUGAAGCUGAAGCUGUUGCUUAUCGCCAUCGAGAACAAGUCGGAACUGGGAGAGAGCAGGUUUGUGUCUCUGUGUUUCUGUCUGUUUCUCUCUGUCUGUUUCUCUCUGUCUGUUUCUCUCUGUCUGUUUCUCUCUGUCUGUUUCUCUCUGUGUUGUACAGGACUACAAGGCUGCUCUUGUUCUGUAAAUCACUGCUGGACUUCUCUGUCUGUAACAUCCCAGAACAUUUUCAAAUCCUAGGAUGUCUUUCAAGAUUUAUCUGUAAAUAGUUGUCUCUGUGUUGAACCAUGAUAACCAUUAAUGCCAUAUGGUACUAUUAACUUGCUAACUAUUAACAUGAAGUACUAUAUUUCACUUACCAUAAAUUGCUAAAUCCCACCCACCCCAACGCCAACAGCAGUGUGAACCGGUUUUGUACAAAUAAUGCAUUUAUAGUAGAGUUGUUUUAGUUGAGUUUUUAGUAUAUUAUGAAAUCACUAUAGAAGAAGUAAUGUCUAACUAACUUGUUAUUAUGAUAUAUUUUGAACAACAUUUAUUUUAAAACUUUUGCUCAGCCUUUUUGUUGUGUGCUUGCACCUGGACAUGGGAUCCUGAGGCAUUUUCUUUGCUCAUGCCAGGCUUUUUUCCAUGACAUAGUGCCACCAUUCUCAGUGCCAUCUGAACUGCAUAUCUCUCUGAUAGUAGAAGUAAAUUAUUUCAUAGAUGCAAUAUGUGUAAUAAGAUCAGCUCUUAAGAUCAAAUAAGUACCUCCUAGUUUACUAAGUGAUAUGAAGGUCUUAAACUUUUUCUCAGAGUGCUACAGCAAGCACUUUCAUUUUCCCAUCAGAAGGUAGACGGACAGCAAAUUGAGACAUAAUUGAAAAUUGAGACACAUUCAUAAUAUGAUUUUUCAUCUCUCCUUUUAUGUUAAUAACAACUGUUUGAUUUUAGGUUGUUUUCUUGUUGUUUGCAGAAGCCGAAAGCGGUAUGCCCUCUUCCUUAUAUUUCCCUCCAAAGUUCAACCCUAUCUCCACCACUUUAGAGCUUCUGACUGGGUUUUGUUUCCUAAGGAUACUUUUCCAAACCCUAUAUCAAAAUGAGCCAAUUUCUCACUAUAUCUUUGAUUGUGUUCCUUGUGCCUAAUGCACUAACUUCUUUGCAGGCAGAGAGAGAAUAGUUGAAUUUGACUCGUUUGUAACUCUUGUUGAUUUGUCUGAUGUUGUCGAUGUGCCCAGGCUAACACCAUCUCCUCCAUUUUUACCUCCUGUUUUGAGUUUCUUUCUGUCUCUCGUUGUCAGUCGUUCUGCUUAAUUUCUCUCUCACUUCAGUUCUUUUUCAGUGUCUUCAGUCAGUCGUAACUGUGUGUGAACGUUGCCAAACUGAUUAUUAUUUUCUUCCCAGUGUUUCUUUAUUUUUGUGCUAUGCUCAUUAUCAAACAGUACUUCACAUUUUUAUAGUUUUGAUAGUGUCAUCUCACAUAUCAGUCAAGAGACAGAUUGUUGAUGUCUGAACCCCAGAAGGGUUUAUUGAUGGAUAAGGCUAUUGUUGCACAUUUCUGUAAUAUUAUGGAAUCGAUGGUUUGAUUAUAUGUCAUUGCAGUUUGACACAAACACAUGUUUUAUAGAUUUUUACGAUACCAACAGCAUUUGUUAUGCCAUGUCAUAUCUUAUUCAAGGCAUGGGAUCAUUAACUUUGGAUAAAUUAACAUUUAUCCAAUGGAGUUGUUUAAUUUUAGGCCACGUUUUCCAUGGGUGCUGCAAAUCAUCUUCAUACUUGCAUUUCAUCCCUUUCUUACUGUUUUAUCAUGUGUGUGGAUACUGUUUGCUUUGUGUGCGUGUGCGUGUGCGUGCGUGUGCGUAAGCUUGUGUGUGUGUGUGUGUGUGUGUGUGUGUGUGUGUGUGUGUGUGUGUGUGUGUGUCAGUCACCAUGUUCCCCCAUACCUGUGAGUCUCUGAGUAGAUGUUAUCAAGUGAGGUCACUUCCUGUCAGUUUGGUGUUUAAGAAAACAAUCCAACUGCACAGAAGUUACUGCAACAGUCUGCAUCUACGUACCUGUCUCUUUAUCUGUACUGCAGUGGCUAUGCCUGGUCUGUUUUACAAGUGUCCUACUCACACUGUUUGGUAACUGCAUGUAAUAACACUCUAUCAUAUGGGAUGUGUGAUGCUUGCCUUGUUGCUCCCAAUAUGAGGUUUUGAUACAUUGUGGGCCUCUAUGCAUAAUUGGAGAAAAUUACAUUUUGUUAUGUUUCUUUGUUAUUAGAUCUAAAAUGUGUAAACUAUGUGAAAUCUCAGAUUUGGGCAGCAAUGUGUUUUUUGUAGUGGCUUUGUUAGUUUAUUUUGUAUUUUCCCGAAACAGCAUGUCAAUUGUGAUUCCUUUUUUCUACUCUGGGGCCAUUCAAUCUUAUAUAAAGCUCAAUAGUGCAACUUUAAACUUAAGUUUAGCAAAAUAUCAUGUUGUUUUGUUUUACUGUUGCUAUUGAUUACAGCUUUAUAAUUGAUCCAAUCGCCCCCUUAUUGUUUAAGUAUGUUGUUUGUAGAGCCCAGAGGAAAGAUUUUUUAUCAUUUGCGAAUUAGUCUGUAGUUUUCAGCUGCUCUCAGCUAUUUUCUGAGCCUGCAUGCACUUUUACACAGUAUAAUGUUGGUAUAGACAAGUGUUCUCAAAUCUGUCCAAACAGUUUAGUACCAAAAACUAAAAACUUUUGUAAAGUAUAAAGGCCGUACAUUGAAUGACAGUGAAGAAAUAGUAAAUUAAAUAAUUGGCAAAAUAAAGUAUUAAUAAAUUGAAGAGUUGGUAAAGUAAAAUAAAGUAUUAGUAAAUUAAAGAGUUGGUCAAUUAUUAGUAAAUUAAAGAGUUGGUAAAAUAAAGUAUUAGUAAAUUAAAGAGUUGGUAAAUUAUUAGUAAAUUAAAGAGUUGGUAAAAUAAAGUAUUAGUAAAUUAAAGAGUUGGUAAAGUAAAAUAAAGUAUUAGUAAAUAAUAGGGCGGCAGGUAGCUUAGUGGUUAAGAGCGUUGUGCCAGUAACCGAAAGGUCGCUGGUUCUAAUCCCCGAGCCAACUAGGUGAAGUGAACUAUUGUCAAAGUAUAGUAUUCAUAAAAGAAAAAGUAAAAUAUUUGUAAAGUAUUAUUAAAGUAAGUUAGUAAAGUAUUCCUAAAGUAAAAUAUUAUUCGUUUCCCUUUCGUCUGGGCUCAGAGGCCAGGGGUGUCGUCCCCUGACAGUCGGUCUGUGUGUUCCGUUUGUUAGUCUCUGUCUGCACUCCCAUCAUUGAUGAUUCCUACCCACAGGCAACCAUUAAUGAACUGGGCGUAUAUGCGUGUGUCGUCCACUCUCGUCUCAGUCUAAUUCAGGGGGAAUGAUACAGCCAGUCCAUACAGGCACCCUACACACACAAACACCAUCCAAAUCUACAAUAUCUUCUUUACUGUAGACAUAUGUUUGAGGAUACAGUUUUAGGGUCUGUGAGGUUAGGGGUUACAGGGCUAGGGGUUAGAGUGAAUUUGAAUAUGAAUGUUACUUAUCCAUUAGAUAACAUUACAUGGCCAUUUCCCCUCAGCUUCUUGGUUAUUAAUUCAUUCUUCCUGAUAAAUCAACAUGGACAUUGAUAAUGUAAAUAAAAAAAUGCAUAUCAUAUCACAUUUCCUAGCUUAAAUACCCUAAAGCAGCACUGUAGCAGUGCUAUAACAAUACUAUAAUACCCUAAAGCAGUACUGUAGCAGUACUAUUUUUUAUUUAUCUUUUCCCUUUAUUUAACUAGGGUAGUCAGUUAAGAACAAAUUCUUAUUUACAAUGAUGAUCUACCCCGGCCAAACCCGGACGACGCUGUGCGCCGCCCUAUGGGACUCCCAAUCACGGCCGGAUUGUGAUACAGCCUGGAAGCGAACCAGGGUCUGUAGUGACGCAGUGCCUUAGACCGCUGAGCCACUCGGGAGCCCUAUAACAACACUAUAAUACACUAUAUAACAACACUUAGCCUAUAGCAGAUGAUUCCUAUUCCUCUGUAGUGUUAGUCCAAGGGCUGUUCAUUCCCUUGCCUUCCACUGUCCAGUACUAACCCAGGUAACAGUAUCUAACUGUAGUGUAACAUGCCCGUAACAUCAUUCUGAUAGCUGAUUGGCUCUGACUGCUGAGACUGAAACCACUCCAUAAAACAAUUUUAAUUCUUUUUGCCCCCCCCCCCCACCCACCCACCCAUCCUAACCCCGCCCCUACUCCCACUCCAAGCCAAUCAGAACCAUGGUGAAAAAGAAAAGAAUUAAAAUGUACAAACCAACUCAUGCUGUUGCGCAUUCUGUCCAUAUGUGUGAGUAGCUUCAGAGAAGGUGGCUAAACAUGGAAACAAGGGAAGAAGCAAGGUGUUUUUCGACACAAUAACACUUGAACAAAUACCCACCUCCAUACAGUGGCCUACAAGCUCACACUGAUAGCAUUUACAGUACUUCCAUUCCAUACCACUCUCCAAACAAAACAACUGGAGACUGCAGAAGCUCUGAUUCCAUUGACCAAUCCGAUCAGGCCGCUCUAGAUGGCUGGCUGUAGUACUCUAGUUCCAGCUAGAGGGUUGAUGAUGUGUGUGUACCAUUCCUCUUAAUUAGCGCGUGAGUGUGACUCUAACGGCCGUAACAACGCCUACAGAGCGUGAUGUCAUCUAUCUCUCCCAUUACCCAGCAUCCUCAUCAACCCGGGGAACCACGUAAAGAUGCAGGAAGGAACUCUGGGGUUCUUCAUCGCCAGCGACGCCAAAGAAGUAAAGAGGUAAUGGCAGAAAAACGCCACAGUCUCAGUUUAAAGCCUUGUCUGUGUUUUCAUUCUCUUGGUGGCUAAAAAGGACAACAUACAAAGCGAUUAGACAUUAAACUUCCAUAAAUAUCAUUGGUAAAAGCCAGCUCACAUCUCAACCUGGUGGAAUGGGUGAAACUCACUAGGUGUGAGUUGCAAACCGAGACAAUAAAUGUCUAUGCUGCUGUUUCCCCCCAGAGCAUUUUUCUACUGCAAAGCUUGUCACGAUGACAUCACAGACCCCAAACGGAUCAAAAAAUGUGGCUGCAAACGA